AUGGAAAAAAAGACAGCUGUUGAAUUAAAAAGAAGUCACCAAGAAUAUAUCUUUGGACAAUGGGGACUUUUAAUACAAUAUAUCAUUUUAAUAGGUGGAAAUGUUGUGAUUUCAUAUCCAAAAAGAAAAAAAUAUAUUGAUAAAAGAAAUCAACUUGAUGUUAUCUGUGUAAACGUUGAAGGAAAAUGUUGGAAUGUCGAUGAUUUUACUCAAAAGGUUAUGACUGAUAUCAAUGAACUUCUUAAUAAAAAUGUAAUUAUUCCAAGAGAUAUACCAAGAACAAAAAGAAAAGACUUACAUGAUAUUAUGAAUAAUAAUAUUAUUAAGUGGGUUUGCCAGAGAAGUGAAAGAGAUGGUAUUAAAAUUAUAUAUAAGAAUGGAAAAUCACGAUCUAUAAGAAAAGAAAAAGAAAGUAAUCUUUAUAUUGAUGGAAUCGAGGUUAAUGGUAAAAUAUAUGAUAGAAAAUUUAUUAGAGAUUAUUUUGGUGAUUGGAUGCAAAAGGUGUUGAAAUACUUUGUUGAUAAAAACAAUAAGAAUAAACAUAUUAUAAUAUCAUUAGCAACUUUAUCUCGAGACAUUCUUCAUUCCAAUAAUUCCAUAAUUAAUAUACCUGAAAUUAAUACUUUAUCUGUUAGUGAAGAUGUGGAGUAUGAUAAAAACAAUGAAGAAUUGAAAUAUAUUUAUCCACAGUCUAUUAUAUCAUGUCCAUGUCAAGCUGAAGAAAAUACUUUCCAAAUGAUUCAAAAUGACCAAGAACAAUUUAGUUCUGAAUUAAAUGAAGUUAUUCCAUCAAGUAGUCACCCUGAAGACUUUAUUCAAAACUCCUUUAAGCAAGCAAGUCUUUUAUAA